GCAUCAUUCCAUCGCCAGCCUUGCUCUAACUACCUUACCUGCCUGCCUGCCAUCUUACCCACCUGCCUACAGAGCAAGAUGCGCAGCGGUGUGUUCGUGGCCGUGCUGGUGCUGGUGGCCCUCGCUGCUCUUCUCACCAAGGGGCAGGAGCUUCAUGUCCCCGAGCGUGAGGCCGUGGCUGCUCUGGCGGCACGCAUCCUGAAGGUGGUCCACGCCCCACAGGACGCCGCUGCAGGUCUCCCUCACAAACGCAACUCUGAACUCAUUAACUCGCUGCUCGGUAUCUCUGCACUCAUGAACGAAGCCGGCAGGCGGUGAUGGACCCGCCCCCUUCGCGGCCUUCCCAUUCCUGCUGCAGGCUGUGACUGAGACGGGCCGCCGCUGCCGCCGUGUCUCAUGCACUACAUCUGUCUUAACACUUUCAAUGAAUAAACUAUAUGGCAGCAAC